UUGCAUGGUUUCCGUCAGCUCUCAGCUGGCAAAUCGUACUCUCAUAUCGGGUUCGGCAACAGACGACCGCCAUAAGUUGUUGCACGUCACUCUCGUCGUUUCAUGUUCUUUCUGUCUCCACGAAAAACCUAUUAUUGAAGUUAUUUUCCAUCAGUUAACAGUACAGUUUUCAAGAAUGGAUCGCAGUAAAGUUGGCGAGCUCAUGGUCAUAACUGGAAAUUCCCAUCCUGAGCUGGCUGAUCUUAUCGCCAAGCGGUUAGGCAUCAAGGUUGGUGCUGCUUCGAUUUAUCACAAGACUAACCGUGAGACUAUGGUUGAUAUUGCUGAUUCCGUUAGAGGGAAAGAUGUGUACAUCAUUCAAACAGGAACCAAAGAUGUCAACAACAACAUUAUGGAGCUAUUGAUUAUGGCUUACGCCUGCAAAACGUCCUCGGCACGAAGCAUCGUGGGUGUCAUCCCCUAUCUACCCUACAGUAAACAGUGUAAGAUGCGCAAGCGAGGGUGCAUCGUAUCCAAACUAGUGGCAAAAAUGAUGUGCCGCUCCGGAUUAAAUCAUCUUAUCACCAUGGAUCUGCAUCAAAAAGAAAUUCAAGGUUUCUUCGAUUGUCCAGUCGACAACCUUCGUGCUUCACCCUUCCUUCUUCAAUACAUUCAAGAAUCCAUCCCAGAUUUUAGGAACGCUGUAAUUGUAGCCCGUGAUCCUGGAUCAGCCAAGAAAGCCACUUCUUACGCUGAGCGCCUUCGUCUAGGAAUCGCCGUCAUUCACGGCGAACAGAAAGAAGCUGAAUCAGACAUGGUGGACGGAAGGCACUCUCCACCAUCAGUACGCAGUCGCACUAUGGACGCAGCCGGAGGAAUGCCGGUUAUGACUGCUAAAGAAAAGCCACCGAUUAAUGUUGUUGGAGAUGUCGGCGGCAGGAUCGCUAUCAUGGUGGAUGACAUGAUCGACGACGUGAGGUCGUUCGUGGCAGCUGCCGAAGUCUUGAAGGACCGAGGUGCUUACAAAAUCUACGUAAUGGCCACACACGGCUUACUUUCAUCUGAUGCCCCUAGGCUUAUCGAAGAUUCACCGAUCGACGAAGUCGUAGUUACCAAUACGAUUCCACAUGAAAUUCAAAAGAUGCAGUGCCAUAAGAUCAAAACAGUAGAUAUCAGUGUUCUCCUUGCAGAAGCCAUUCGUCGUAUCCACAACAAAGAGUCCAUGUCCUACCUGUUUCGCAACGUCACACUCGAGGACUAAGAAGAAGAAAAUUACGAUUGCUGGGCCUUAAAAUUAACUUGGUAUGAACACAUUCUAUAGUUUCCGUUGAAGUAAUCAUUCCUUAGCUUACUUCAUCAUAGCAAAAA